UAGAGACCCGGCGCUGGCGAAACCCACCAAACCGGAGUUACCGACCCGACUGUCCCGCGAGCGAAAGCUGGAAAUAAUACCUAAACCUACUUCUUGACAUGGUAUCAAAACAGAGCUUUUGCUGAGAGUUUGAUUUAUAAAGAAAUUAUGGUUCGACUGACCUUGGAUCUAAUUGCCAGAAACAGCAAUCUUAAACCCGGAAAAGAAGAAACCAUUUCACAGUGCCUGAAGAAAAUAACUCAUGUAAAUUUUUCAGACAAAAAUAUAGAUGCAAUUGAAGACCUCUCUCUUUGCAAAAAUCUUAGUGUUUUAUAUUUAUAUGAUAAUUGUAUUAGUCAAAUCACUAACCUGAAUUAUGCCACAAAUCUGACCCACUUGUACCUACAAAACAAUUGUAUUUCAUGUAUAGAGAACCUCAGGUCAUUAAAGAAACUGGAAAAAGUGUAUCUGGGAGGCAAUUACAUUGCUGUCAUAGAAGGUUUAGAAGGAUUAGGAGAACUAAGAGAGCUUCAUGUUGAGAAUCAGAGGCUUCCCCUCGGGGAAAAGCUUCUGUUUGAUCCAAGAACUCUUCAUUCUCUAGCAAAAUCCCUCUCUAUAUUGAAUAUCAGCAAUAAUAAUAUUGAUGACAUUAGAGACUUAGAAAUACUGGAGAAUCUUAAUCAGCUCAUAGCCGUUGACAACCAACUUCUGCAUGUGAAGGAUUUGGAGUUUUUACUGAACAAGUUGAUGAAGCUGUGGAAAAUUGACCUAAAUGGAAAUCCUGUUUGUCUCAAACCAAAAUACAGGGACAGACUGAUACUGGUGUCCAAAUCACUGGAAUAUCUUGACGGAAAAGAAAUUAAAAAUAUAGAAAGACAAUUUCUAAUGAAUUGGAAAGCAUCCAAAGAUGCCAAGAAAAUCAGCAAAAAAAGGAGCAGUAAAAGUGAGGAUGCAAGCAAUUCACUCAUAAGUAACUUUGAAACAAUGCAUCACUUCGUUCCUGUUUAUUACCCACAGGUGGGUAAGCCAAAAUUAGUCUUUUUCUCUGAAAUACAGAGAUACCCUGUAAAUGGAAAUGCAUCUCCAGAAAGUUCCCGAGAAGAUUACACUAAAAUUAUUGAAGAGAUGGGGAAUCUCUCUUUGAAGCAAUCUGAAAGCUUGCUGACAAAAAAUGAUGUGCAUGAACCUCACCUUUUCCAUAACCCCAAAGAAAAAGAAAAUUUGUUUGCGGAAAAUGAGUAA